AGGCAUUUUGGCGAGAGCAACGAAUUUUACGAAGAUGAUGACGAAGACUACACUUAUGAAGAGGAUGAUUAGUCCUUGCUUCUGCUCUCAUACGUUUUUUUCUUUAUUUCUUUCUUUCUUUGUGUUCAUAUAUAUAUUUUUUUUCUUUUAUCUCUCUUAAGUUAUUAACAUAAAGUUGUGAUCCUCACUAUAAAUGCUAUUGUUAUCACUAUCACUCUAACUACAUUAUUAUUAUUGUUGUUAUUAUUGUUCCAUCUUUACUUUUGUUCUUUUUCUCUUUUUCCUCGUUCUUUACGGGGAAAGUACUUGAACUGCAAUAGAUUUACAAUGAUGCAGAUAGAUUUAGGGGUCUAACAUAGUGCUAUAUAGUCUUUUUGUUGGUUUUGAUUAAAUACCUGCAUCAAGUUGCAGCUCUUGUUUUUGGUCAAGGGAAAGAGAUUAAAUGUUCAAGUUUUUGAGGAUAUAGAGUAUGUAUUUUUUACAGUUAGUAUUUUUAUUGUUGUUUUUAUUCUUGACUUAUUAUCAUUAUCAUUGUUUUUAAUUAUCAUCAUUGAUUUUCAUAAUGGAACUAUAGACAUGUUUUUUUGUGGCUAAUAGAAAUAUUUCAGUUACCAUUUUUGUCAUUGAGGUUUUUAUUGUUAUUUUUUUCCUUCUUUUUUUGAAUGAGAGGAUCAACAUGUUUGUACUUGUGUUAUUGAAUUGGUAGUACAGACCCUAUCUUUUUUUUCUGUGUAGUUGUAAUGUAGUCUCAUUUUGAGGUGCUUUACCAGUUGUUCCUAAUGAUAAUGGCAACAUUGCAUAGUGAGAUAUACAUAUGUUUAUAAAUUAUAUGAUAUAAAUAUAUAAACACAAAACCUCUUGUGAUGAUUUCUCAGUGUAAUGUGUAUUUUUACAUUGAGUUAUUCCCUGUUUACCAUGGUGAAGAUUAUUGUUAAGAAUGGUUUGCAUAUCAUACGAUAUACACUAAUCUUUGCUGUAGGGAAGUAAUAAUGUGAAGGUUUUCAAGUAGAUGAGAUGUUUGAUCUUAAAAUUUUUUCCCUAGAAUGUCUGUUCUUGUUUGUGAACAUGGUAGAUUUUAUGCAAUAAUGUUGUAUGCCAUGUUUGUCUGCUUUUUUUUUCUUCUUUUUCUUCUUUUAUUUUAGACAGAUGUUAUCAAAGAGACAACUCAAAUUUGAAUAUCAGUCAUUUUGUAUGCCAAAACUGAACUUCAGUUUAUGAAGUACUUAUACAAGUGUUUUUUUUUUUUUCACUAUUAUUUAUCCAAUUGUUAGAGAUUAUAUAAUCAUACAUGAGAAAACUUUUGUUUUCUCAUUUUUCUUUUUAUUUCCUUUUAAAAAGGAACUGCCAGUUUCAGACUAUAAGAAUAUAUGCUCGAACAUGUGAAUACAUCUCCUAUCUUCCUCCUCCUCCUUCCUCACCAUCUUCCUUUCAAGACAUAAGUCCUCAUUUUGGAGAGAAGGCUUUAUAGGUGGAAUAACCACUAGAAGUUGUUCUCUCUUGAUGCAUGGAAAAUACUCACAUAUUAUGGUGAUGAUUUGAAGACCAGAUGUGCAUUGCCUAAAAGGAAAUGAACAGAAGCCCCCUCUCCCUCCCUCCCACUUCCCAAGAGGGAAAUAGAUUAUGCAGUAGCACUUACUGAAAGAGCAGCUGUGUUUUCCUUGUAUCCUCAUGUUUCGCAAAAUCAAAUGCUACUCUAGACGCGUGCCUUGUUUAUUGGUAUUUAGAUAAUAGGACUGUGUACUAAAGAGCCAAUGUUUACAGCCAUAGUUUAAAGAAUUUUUUGGAAAGAGAAAGCAGAAAGAGUUAUUUGCCAAUUGCACAGUAUACUCUUUUAGACUGAUUAUUUUGAUUAUCCUUUUUAAUCUUUCAAUUGCUUGUUCUGGCACAAAUAUAGGUCUAAUAAUCACUUCAUUGUAAUACAUUGGUACUUUGAAAUCAUAUUUGUGAUAUAUAAUAUCUGAUAUGAUGAAAUGAAUUUAACUAGGUUCAGUGGUAGUAAUAAAGAACUUAUUAAAAAUUAAACCUUUUCUUUCUUUUCUGUUGUCUGAUAUCUCUGUCUGUUUUAUUUUUCUCUUACUUUUCUUCUUUUUUUCUUGUUUUUUAAGUUCUAGUCGCACAGAGCUGUGGCUGUGAAUGAGACAGAGGAUGAUAAUAAUUUAAGUGAUAAAGUAUAGAAAAUGUUUUAAAUUGUCAAUAUUUUUCAUAGAUGAAUAAAAAUCCUUAGGUUUGCAUCUGGCUUACUGUUGAGGAGAAAAAACAUUUGUUGAAAAACGGUAUUGGUUGUGACUUCAAAUAAUAAUGUCUUAAAGUACAGGUUUUCAGAAGUUCAAACAGGUAAUUCUGAUUGCCAUGUGUAUGGAGAUAAAAAGUUAUGUGAAUUAUUCUUUCACAUACCUCUUUGUCCCAUUUUAUCAAAAGUCAUUUUCCAAGAGAAGCAAACAAGGAGGCAUUGUAGAGCCUCAGCAAAGGAGAGUGAUUUUAAGAAAAAUAAAUGCUUAAUCUACUAGUCUUUGCAUAAUCAGGAUGUUUGUGUACAGGUGUAUGAUAUAUGGAUGCAAUUUUGUAUUCUCACACUAUUCCUAGAACUCUUUACUUAUUUUCUGAAUAAAUUGUGUGGAUGCAAUCAUGUGUAGCCAAUUAGGAAGUGUCUUAUUUUCUGAAUAAAUUGUAUGAAUGCAAUCAUGUGUAGCCAAUUAAGGAGUGUCUUAGUUACACAUUUACUUUGUUUGCUCAACAAUGCAGGUGUAGUGAUGAUUCCAGAUUAGGUUAGUUAUUUAUAUUUGUGGCUUAACCACUAGAGCUUUGUUUCGGCUAACACAGAUCUGACCUGCUCUUUGGAAUCUAGCCCAAUAGAUAUAUGUUGCAGUAAAUAGCACAAGCCUGCUUCUAUAUUUACAAGUACUGUAUGUUUAUGAAACCCUGCAGAUUUGUUGAGAUUUACUGUUUGGUCAAACUAUUAGCUUCUGGUUAAGCUGAAUGCUGGCUGUAAAUGUGGUUUCCUCUAAGUCUGGAAACCUCUUGGUCCCAGUGAGAUUUUGAAGUAAAUUACUGCUGCAAAAGGAUUCACCUAGAGUUUAGGGAUCCUUUUGAAAGUCUUCUGUAAUUACAAAUCAUUAGUUUGUAUAUAUGUUUAUGUUUUGAUAUUGUUAGAAAGGGAAGCAGUGGAAAUGGAAAUUAGUAAUAACCAUAAAUUAUUAUUUUGUGAAAUAGAAAUGUGCACAUAGUUGUUGCACAAGAUGAUUAUCAAGAAGUAUCAACAUUUUGUGAAGGUUUUCCUUUACUAUGUUGUUAGUUUUCUAUAUCCUUUAAUAGUUUUUAUGUAGCAGCCUAUGCAUUAUAGCCUGCACAAAGAAACAUCUUGAUAAAUGUAAGAGAGAGAGAGAGAGAGAGAGAUGAAUUUAUUAAUAGAUAAUCUUCCAGGGUCUUUGUGAAAAGGUUAAAGAAACUUCUAUUAUAUUUGCCUAGUGCAUCUCUUUUGUAUUAAGAAGUGCAGCUAUCUGGAAUGCUCAGAUGUUUUCUUUGAUGAAUAUGCAUAUUUUCUUUUAUUCUUUUUUCAUCUUCAUGUUAGUUUCCUUUGUUGAUAUUUAAUUAAGUUGUCUGUGUUGGGAUGGGUACAUCCCUAUGUUUGUGUACUCUCCCUCCCCCUUCCCCUCUCUCUCUCUCUCUCUUUCUAAAAAGUGAUAUAUUGUACAGUACAGUUAUAUUCAGACAUUUUAAUUUGUUUGGGCCAUUAGUAUUGAGAAAGAAUAAUGGGAUUUUUCCUAAAAUACUAAUAGUGGCCCACUCACUGAGCCUUCUCCCAGGGAAAUUAACAUUGGUUUGCUAACUGAACAAUCUUACAUGCAGAAAUGAUAUUGUAUAGAAAAUAGGUUUAGCUAGCAAAUAUGUACUCCAUAUUGUGCACAACGCUUAGAAACUUGUACAAGUAAAACAAAAUUUUAAAUUGUGAAGAUUUGUACCUGAAAUUGGGAUGCAUUUUCUUUGAUUUGAGCUCUCAUAAUGUUAUGCAUAUAGCUUUGUAAAUAGAUGUUUAUAUAUUUGUUGACAAUGUAGGUUUGUAAAACUAUUACAAAAAUAAAUAUACACAAGUUGA